AUGUUUUACACAGAGAGAAAUUCCACUACCCAAUCCGAUUUUUCUUACUGCAUCCUUUGUAAUACUUUGAUAACUUUACUUCCAGAUGUCAGUCUAUGGUACGACCACAACCAAAGUGAGAUCCGCCAGUUCUACCUCGUUGGGGGAGAGUUUGGCCUCAAAGCCUUCUACACAGAGCUCUCUGUCUUCCUCCUGCUGGUGUACCUUUUGGUCAUUAUUGGCAACUCUAUGGUUUGCAUUGCGGUGGUGCUGGAGGCCAAACUGCACACACCAAUGUACAUUUUCCUCUCCAAUCUCUCUCUAGCUGAUAUCAUCAUCACAACCACCGUCCUCCCCAAGAUGAUAUCUGUGGGCUUACUAAAUGACAUAGCCAUUUCUUUCUCAGGGUGCUUCUUGCAGCUGAACACAUAUUUGGCAUGUCAGUGCACGGAGGGGAUUUUGCUUGGUGUCAUGGCUUUUGACCGCUAUGUGGCCAUUUGUAAUCCUCUACGCUACAAUGAAAUUAUCACUCCAAAGAUCAGUGCUCUACUUUCGGUCUCUACUUGGCUUACUGGAUCUCUAAUACCUCUUCCAAUUGUAAGUAAAGCAUCAGAUUUACCGUACUGUGGUGAUAAAAUCAUGUUUUGGUUUUGUGAUUACCCUCCUGUUAUUUCAUGCUCUUGUGUAGACACAAAACCCCUGUUGUUCACAGCUCUAGUGAAUGCUUUAAUACUAAUUUCAUUGCCUGGAUGUCUCAUUCUUUUCACAUACACUAAAAUAAUUUUAGCAGUUUGUAAAAUUAAAUCUGUGGAUGGCCGAAAAAAGGCCUUCUCUACCUGCUCCUCACAUCUCAGUAUUGUGAUCAUGUUCUAUUGUGCACAUCUGUGUGUCUAUAUUAGUUCCACAGUAAAUGAUGUUCAUCCAAAUGUUCUCAUCUUGGUCUCCAUCGUGAAUGCUUUCCUGACUCCUUUUGCAAACCCCAUCAUUUACAGCUUCAGAAAUAAAGAACUAAAGUCUGCUAUUCAAAAACACUUCUUAAUCAGUAAUUCUUGA